CCCCAACUUGACAGAGCCGAGGAUUUAUCACUGUUGAGAUAUCUAAACGAGUCGAGUGCCCUGCACACAAUACGUCAAAGAUAUGGCGGGAAUCUUAUACAUACAUAUGGUGGACCAUCACUUAUUGUUGUCAACCCUAUGCAACCUCUACAGAUUUAUUCAGAAAAGGUUAUACAGAUGUUUAAGGGAUGUAAGCAGGAGGACAUGCCCCCUCAUAUAUUUGCCUCGGCCCAGAUCGCAUAUCGUGAAAUGUUGAACACUCGUCAGGAUCAGUCUAUUGUGUUCAUGGGUAGAAGUGGUAGUGGUAAAACAUACAAUGUUCAUCACGUCUUACAAUACCUCACGUUGAGUGCAGGCACCGUCAACAAUGUUCUUACAGUGGACAAGCUGUCAGCAAUGACAGUACUUUUAGAGGCAUUUGGAAACAGUAGAACUAUAUUAAACAUAAAUGCUAGCAGGUUCUCACAAAUUACUACACUAGAUUUUGACCAUAAUGGUCAGGUUGUGUCAGCAUCUAUACAGGUGUUAAUGUUUGAGAAGACAAGAGUUGUUAGAAGACCUGAGGGAGAACCAACUUUUCAUGUGUUCUAUCAAUUACUGGCUGGCGUGGAUUCUAAACUUAGGUCAGAAUUACAAUUGAACAACUUGAAUGACCCUAACCUGUUCAUGACACCUCUACAGAAGACGGAGGACAAACAGAGAGCUAUGCAGUACUGGGCCAAAAUUUAUAGUGCUAUGGACUCUGUAGGAAUGACAGAAGAAGAAAUCAGAUCUAUAUGUUCUGUACUGGCUGCAAUAUAUCAUCUAGGUGUAGCAGGGGCAGUUAAAGGAAAUAACAACAAAGGUCAAUUUGCACGACCUGCUGGUGCCCAGCGUGCAGCUGCUCUUCUAGGUAUAUCAGUAGAAGAAUUGGCCCGUAAUAUAUUUGCCUCAUCUGGUACUGCCACACUAACUAGGAACACUUCCAUGAGGAACAGUCCUGCAGAUAAACAGAGUGAGGCUCACACGACAGCUAUGGAUGCCCUCGAGGGAUUUGUGAUUGGCUUGUAUUCAGAUGUCUUUAAUGCAAUUGUCUCAAUGAUAAACAGAUCUCUGUCAUCAAAUUUCCGAUCAUUGGCAUCAAUUACGGUACUGGACACACCAGGCUUCCAAAAUCCGGCAACAUGUGGUCGACAAAGUGGUGCCAGUUUUGAAGAUCUCUGCCACAACUACACUCAGGAGAAGCUACAACUUCUCUUCCAUGAUCUGGUGUUCACCACACCACAGGACCGAUAUAGUCAAGAGAACAUAGACUGUGAUUUUGAGUUUGUGACAACUUCCCCUGCUGCAAUGGUUUCCCUUAUUGAGAAGCCUUCUCAACAAACACUCAAUCCAUCUGUUGUUAAUGUGAGGACAUCAACACCAGAGACAAGAGAAGCUGAGAAGAAAGGGUUGCUAUGGAUACUCGAUGAGGAGGCAAUAUUCCCUGGGGCAACAGAGGACUCAUUUAUGGACAGGUUCUUUGGUUACCAUGGUGAACAUAAAGUCAAAAGAGACAGUUUAUUAAGGAAGGCCUCAUCAUUAGGGAACACAUUUAUAUUAAAUCAUUUCCAGGGCACGAACCCUGUACAAUACAAUGCUAGCGGAUGGUUAAAGGUGUGUAGAGAAAACCCAAUCUGCAAGGUAGCAACACAAGUACUCCAGGACUCCAAAAAGGCCAACAUAAAGGAACUUUUCAACAGUGUUAAAGCCCCCGUAGGUGGAAUGGUGAGCGGGUCCAUUGUAGGAAUGGAAGGUUCUACUUCACUAAGAAGGGUGGGCAGUAUGAGACGAACCUUCAUGUCGGGCACAGCCGGUCUCAAGAAACGGUCCAUGUGCCUACAAGUUAAAUUUCAAGUGGACACUAUUAUUGAGACAUUGAGGAAAACCAACUGCCAUUUCAUUCACUGUAUCCUGCCUCAAGCCAAUGCUGGUCUGUGUGAACUGAGCCGACCAACAGAAAUGGCCCCUGAGAAACCUGAUGAUAUACUUAUGAAUGUGACCUUAGUCAGAUCUCAAUUCAGGGGCAAUGAAAUCUUGGAGUCUGUCAGGAUUCAUAGACAAGGGUAUCCUGAUCAUAUUACAUUUGGAGAGUUUAUACAGAAGUUUGAGGGUCUUGUUCCACCAAAUGUCAAACCUACCCCUGAUAUGAAUGAUAAAUCGGCUGUGAUACAAAUAGUGGAGAAUCUUGACAUUGACAAGCUUAACUAUAGGAUCGGACUUAGUAAGGUGUUUUUCCGUGCCGGUGCAUUGAACCGACUGGAAUCAUCACGUGACGAUCGUGUGACAGGGAGGAUAACUGCGUUCCAGGCAUACUGUAGGGGUUAUAUUGCCAGGAAAAAGUUAGAAAAAUUAAGGGUGCAACACGUGGCCAUCAGCUGUAUACAGAAGAACGUACGCAAGCACUACCAGAUCCGAGACUGGGCCUGGUGGAAGUUGUAUGUCAAGGUCAAACCGUUACUAAAUGUGCACAGGACCGAGGAAGAGUUGCAUGAAAAAGAGCUUGAGCUAGAACAGAUGAAAACAAAGUUGGACAGGAUUGAAAAGGAGAGAAAUGAUUAUAAACAACAGAUGGAUAAACUUGAAAAUCGGGUGGUGGAGCUACAAGCAGAUUUGGUGGAGGAGAACACAACUGCUACACAAGCGUCAGAGAUGCUGGAAACAGAAAGUGCUGAGAGAAUGAGAUUGGAGAAGGAACUGAAAGAUGUACAGGGGAAAUAUAAUGCGUUGAAACGUAAUCAUGACAAGGUUGAAAUGGAGAUGACACAGAUGAGGUUAUGGCAAGCUGAGACGAUGGAUGGUGACCUAGAUGAUGAUGAUGUUGAUGCCGAUAUAUACAAAGAGAGAUAUGAGAGGAUAAGAAAGGAGUUGGCAUUCACCAGGAAGAAGAUGACUCAACAACAUGAGGAGGAACUUGAACAAGAGCAUAAUUCUAAGAAAGCUGUUGAGAAAAGGCUGCACGAGUCCCUAGAGGAUAUGGAGGACUUGAGACGUCAACUAGCCUCGGCCAAAAAGAAGUCCCAGAAACUGAUGUCUGAGAUGCAGGACUCUAAAUUACAUCUAGAGGAACAAAUGUCUCGUAACAAUGACCUAGAACGAAAACAAAGAAGGUUUGAUACAGAAUUAAGUAAAGCUCAUGAGGAGGCCCGGCAGGAGAAAACUAUGAAAGAAAAACUUCAACGAGAAAAAGAUACUCUGACGGCUGAUAAUUAUUCUCUGGAAAAGGAAGUUCAGAGAUUAAAGGGAGAUGUAGAGUCACAGGACGCGAAGUACGAGCGUCUACAGAAAGAGUUAGGUGACACACUGACAUCAGCGGGACAUAAAGAUGAACAUGGCAUAUCAGUAUUGAAGAAGGCGAAGGCUGACCUUGAAGCCAAGGUGAUAGAUCAGGAGGAGGAGCUAGAUGAUCAGGCGGGGCAAAUACAACAAUUAGAACAGACAAAGGUGAGGUUAGAGAUGAAUCUAGAGAAAUUACGACAACAGAACAUGAAGGAUAUAGAGGAGAAAGAACAAGAGAUGGAAGAUCUCAGAUAUUCUACACAGAAAAAGUUAAAACAGAUGGAAUCACAGAUGGAAGAGGAAUAUGAGGAGAGAAAGAUGAUGGUACAGAAGAACCGAGAUCUCGAGCAGAGGUUACAGGAUCUACAAGGACAGGCAGCUCAGAGAGAUAAAGGUGCAGAGAAGCGGUUACGUAAAGAUUUACGGAAAACAAAAGCUUUGCUCAAAGAUGCUGAGGCAGUGUUACAUAAACAGAGAAGUGGAGAAGGUUCUAAGGCACAAGUUAGACAACUCAGGAAUCAAUUAGAGGACUUAGAAUUUUCUUCAGCAAGUGCUGUAAAAGCAAAGAAGACCAUGGAGCUAGAGCUGGCAGAUCUUCAACAGCAACUUGAUGAACUCUUUAAAUCUAAACAAGAGAUUGAGAACAGGAGUAUGACAUUAUUACGGGAGAAGACAGAGAUCCAGUCACAAUUAGAGGAGAAUGAGGAAGAUAUGGCAGAUAUUAUGAAGAAAUACAAGGCAGUGGUACAGCAGCAGACGGUCGAUCAAAUUAAAAUGAACGAUCAGCUGGCUCAGAUAGAAGAACUCACUAUAGAUAGAGAUAAACUUAGAUCAGAGGUGAAUGAUUUGAAAGAAAGAAUUCACACGUAUGAAGAGAGUAGUGUGGAUAAAACAGUUGUACAGAGAUUAGAGAAUAAAAUAAGAGAUCUAGAGGCCAGACUUGAUCUAGAGACCACAAACAAACAUAGAUUAGAGGUCCAAGUGAACAGAAUGAAGGAGCAGGCAGACAGAUUUUCAGAAGAGAAGGAACAAUUGACGUCUGCUAAAUCCCAGGCAGAAGAGAAUAUUAAAAAAGUUCAGAGAAACUUACGAGAUUUGAGAGAAGAGUUCUCAGAUGUUCAAAAGAGAGAAUUAGAGAUGGCUCAUAAAUUUAAAGAAAAUGAAAACAAGGUAGCAGAAUUGGAGGGUGAUUUCGAGCAAAACCAGUCUGACCUCAAACUUGCCUUCAAGAGAAUAGCUGACCUUCAAGCAGCCCUUGAGGAAGGUCUUGACAGUGAUGAUGACUUUUCUGAUAGUGAUGUAGAGGAUGAGGAUUCUGGGUCGGAUAUUGACACUUUUUUAGCGAAACAUAAACGCUCGCCUUUAGGUGCCCGACGGAGAAGUUUAGAGAGUGAUACACGAUCGUCAAGGUUGAACUCGGCAUCAAGUGGCCUCACAGACACACCUUCUAGUCCUAGAUUAACCAAUAGUAUAGAACAUA